AUGGAAAAGGAGAACCCUUCUUUGGGUGCAUUCUCCAACAAGUCUCUAUCUGCUCCCUCUGGUGACACCCUCACUCUAAUUAUCAAUCAGCAGGAUGAAAGCACCAUGAAAACCCCUUGGCAAGUGUUGGAUGAACUUCGUGAUGAAAGUAGUGAUGACGGUGAAAAUGACGUUGGUGGUGGGAGUGGUAAUCACAGAAGAGGGAAGAGUGGUGUUGGUGAUGGAAGUGGUGACCAUAAUGACAAUGGAGUUCGUGGCCGGAUUGGUGGUGAGAAUGAUAAUGGUGGUGAGAAUGGUAAUGGGGUUCCUCCUGUGGCUGUGGCGGUGGCUGUGGCAGUGGGUGGUGGUGGUGGUAAGGUGGAGCAGGUGGAGAGUGGUGUUGUGAAGGAGGGAGUGAUGGGGAAAAAGAGAAAAACUUCUAUAGUGAGAGACCCUCCCUCUGGGAAACCUACUUGUCCUCUUUGCCUCAAACAGUUUCCAACAUGGAAGGGUGCGUUUGGCCACAUGCGGGCACACCCUGAUCGUGAUUAUCGUGGUUUCUUCAAACCUCCUGUGUUUGGAUCUCCAUCCUCAACCCUAAACAAGGGUGACACCUCACAGAGUGGUGAUGGUGAAAACAAGAGUACUGGUGAGGUUAACCAUGGAGAGAAAGGGUCAGCAUCGCUGCCUAUUCAAGUUCUGAUGUUUGAUCUGAAUGAACCAGCAACUGCAGUGGAGAAUGCUGGUGAGGCUGUUACAGAAAAGAGUGAUGAGAAUGGAAAGAUUUUUGGAUUUGACUUGAAUGCUGAGGGAACUGUUUUUGGAUUUGACUUGAACGAGAUGCCCUUGGCUGAAGAAUGA